AUUGUUUACAUUUUACUUCUCGUUGUGUACAUUAUUUUGUUUCUAUAAUUAUGGAUAGUUCUGAGGAAAAGUUCUCGUGGACGCAACAAUUGACAAUGAAACUCAUACAAGAAGUCGAGCGUCGUCCAUGCAUUUGGAGCCGUGCAGAUGGUGAUUACUCAAAUAAAACAAUGAAAGCAAUUGCAUUUGAUGAAAUCGGUGAAAUACUGAAUGUGCCAAGCGCCAACGUACGUGAAAAAUUCCGAAAUCUACGCAUAAAUUUCAUGCAGGUGCAUAAAAAGAAAUUGUCUGCCGGUAGCAGAGCAAACUAUGUACCAAAAUGGGAGUUUUACAAUGCAUUACUCUAUAUGGCGGAUACGUGUGUAGCUUCUUCGAUAUCUUCUGCGUCGUCAACCACAUCAAAAUCAACAAAACGACGAAAAUUGCGCGAUUACAAAACAAAUACACAAGAUACGCCUAUAACUACAGAUCCCUUGUUUGACGAUUGCAAUAGUUCACAGACGACACAAUUUAGCCACGACAAAGAGUCGCGUUCAAAGUUUGUCGAAUAUGUAACACCCUUCAAGAGAACAACGGACAAUUUAAGUGAAACGGAAAUGCCUGUUAAAAGAACCGCAGACAAAUUUGGCGAAUGUAUAGAAACGCCUAGAUCAUCGCAUGUAAAGUUUGGCGAAUAUAUAGCAUUUAGUCUUGAAAAUCUCGACGACACGCAAUUAGUUAAGAAAACAAAAGCUAAAAUACAGCUCAUCAUAUCCGAAGCAAUAAGAGAACGUGCCAUGGCCGAAUUGGCUCUGUGCGAGUCUAGUGCGGAAUUUUAAAACAUUUCUCAUUAACAUAUCCGCACUCCAUUAUAUUUAAAAUUCGAGUUGGUUUACUUCGAUUUUUUGAAACACAGGUUGUACAAUGGUUUGAUAUAUUAUAUGAGCUUCUUAUUGUAAUAUUUAAAUAGAAGGCGGAAUUUCGAACAUCUACACGGACGGAUCAAAAAUAAGCAUAUUUACUGAGUUUUGAGCCACAAGGACAUGCCAGGGACCGCCAAGGCAUGGAAGAAAAUACGCAUGCUUUUUCUUUACACAGUUUCGCAAAGACUGCGGGAAAGUUGUUGGCAUAGUCACAGGUCACAACUUACUGGCAGCACAUGCGAAUCUUAUGGGCAUUAUUAACGAUAACACAAAUAAAGCAUGAGGGCGAGAACAGCGUCUCUUACCUUGACCUUAUUUUCAACUCGGCUUAAAUAUUUAGUAGCUGCAAAUAGCGUUGACGUCCUGUAUGAUGCAGACAUCAGCUAAAACUUACCGAUCCAAAUGAGGUUACUUUACUUCUGGGAAUUGCAGCAAGUUAAACUCUUCUACUAGACUCGACCCCGACAUAUCAAAUAUACAUAUGUCCAGCAUGCAACGAGUCCACGCAUGACGCUAACUACCACUUUGCAUGCCCAGCUAAAUCUCCAUAUCAGACAUUCCUUUCUUUAUGGACUGAUUCGAAAAAUCGUCGAAACAGCUCGUUCCGGGGCCUACGAAAACUUCAGGACGUAUUAAAUUAAAUGUCGUUCUUUCAUUAGAAAGGAUAU